CUGUACUUUUCUCUAGAGCACAUGGUACAAUCUAACAAUUACCUUGAGUUCCUAUAACAACAUUUUUUCAUGGCAUCAUGUCCUCCUACAAUCCUGCUACCUGCUCCCAGCCCUUGGUACCUGCUCUCUGGUACAGUACUUCCUAUGCUUUUCCAUACAUACUUCUACUCCCUGGUUCUUCCUGCCAGAAUUAGUCCUUUCUUGGUUCUUUAUAAAUAUUAAGUGUAUUGUACUUCUUUCAUGACCUUUUUUCCCAUUUUUCUUAUGCUAAAAUCAUUUGCUUAGAUGUUGAUACCUUAAGAGAAAACCCUAUUUCCUAUUUAUUUUUGUAUCCUUCAAAUAGCUUUGCAUUUAUUGGAUGCUCAAUAAACAUAGAAUAACAUAAUAGGUAACAUAAACAUAGAAUAACAUAAAUGAUCUUCCUGAUGUACUGCCUUCUCCUUUCCAAAGAUGGGAAUACUUGCCAACAACUGGGCUGCCCUGCUGGAACUGUGGGACAAGCGUCAGCAUCAGUACGAGCAGUGCUUGGACUUGCACCUCUUCUACAGAGACAGCGAGCAAGUGGACAGUUGGAUGAGUAGACAAGAGGCCUUCCUGGAAAACGAGGAUCUGGGAAACUCACUCGGCAGCGUAGAAGCCCUUCUUCAGAAGCAUGAUGACUUUGAGGAAGCCUUUACUGCCCAAGAAGAGAAGAUUACAGUAAGAAAUGGGCCGUAAUUUGGGCACUGUCUUCCUGUUUGUAUAUAACAUCUCAUAUAAUACCUGUCCUUAGA